CUCUCUCAGGAUGUUGGUCCGCUCGCCGCUGUUUUGCAGGGAGUCAGUAGCCUAUUGCUGAGCAACGGAGGGAGAGAAGGCCACCGCAUAGAGCCAGAUUCAACUGCAGCAACGGCAGGGCUGGGCUCCCCACACGCACUCAGAGCAAUAAACAGCUUUAAGGAAAGGGAUGGCGUAGCUGUGCUGUGCUGUCAGUGGUCAGUAGUCUGCAGUGAGCUACCUGGAGCAGAGGAGGUGUGCACGAGGGGCUGCAGCAAGUUACAACGAUGAGUGUGACGUCCUGGUUUCUGGUGAGCAGCGGUGGAACUCGCCACCGACUCCCGCGGGAAAUGAUCUUUGUUGGCCGGGAUGACUGCGAGCUCAUGCUACAGUCCCGCAGCGUGGAUAAGCAGCAUGCAGUCAUCAACUAUGAGCCUGGGACUGAUGAACACAAGGUUAAGGAUCUGGGCAGCCUGAAUGGGACUUUUGUAAACGAUGUCCGCAUUCAGGAGCAGAUGUAUAUCACUCUGAAGUUGGAGGACAAGCUAAGGUUUGGAUAUGAUACCAACCUGUUUACGGUGGUUAGAGGAGAACUCACUGUGCCUGAGGAGGCUCUAAAGCAUGAAAAGUUCACCAGUGGCCUCCAGCUCAGCAAGAAGCCAUCCACUGGCGAAACCACUAGCACCACAACCACAAGCAAAUCUCCCACUAAGACCCCAACAAAGACACAAAGAUCCCCCAGCCACACGAAAUCAGGGGAGAGCAGAGCCACAGAUAGAGUAACUUCCUCCAAAGAGUUGUCUGCUAAACCCGUGGACGCUCACAAAGCCGAGGAGAGGAUAGGAGGGGAUAUUACAGCACUGCCUCGUGGGACCCCCCUGUACGGGCAGCCAUCUUGGUGGGGGGAUGGGGAUGCAGAUGAUGAGAAUUCCUUCAAACAGGAAAGCAAGACAUCCACGAAAAAGCACGACAGCUCCACUUCAGAAAGCAAAGAGGGGCAUAGAGGGGAGAAAACUAAAGAGGGCAGCCUUCAUGCGCCCACUGCCCAUGAUUCCAGUUAUUGUGAGAUUCCCACCACGGAGGGUCACAUGGCCAGUAACGGCAUCCAUGAGAUUCCUACUAAGGACACAGGGGGCCCAACCAGUCACAUCACUACAGCUCAAGGUCACGCCUCCUUCACCAUAGAGUUUGACAACACUUCUCCAGGGAAAGUCACCAUUAAAGACCAUGUGUCAAAGUUCACACCCGAUCACCACAGAUCUCGCCCCAAGAAGAGUGGAGCAGGAAGUGGUGGUGCAGGAGGAAGGGACUUGAGCACCCUUCAAGCUGCUAUGAUGGCAUCUGAAAGCAAAGUAGCUGAUUGGCUGGCCCAGAAUGACCCCACUCUGGUGCGCAGCGAGUCAACAGAGGACGACAGCAAGAGCAUCAAGAGCGAUGUGCCAGUUCAUCUCAAACGACUGAAAGGCAGCAAACAUGAGGAUGGCACCCAAAGUGACUCAGAGAAUGGGCUGGGACUGCGUUUUGCGACUCGCCGCCAUGCUUUAGAGGAACGUCUAAAAGCAUCACACAGCCACGUGGGAGCAGGAGGAUCUGGAGGAGCAGGAGGGGGGAACAUAACAGUCAGCGGGACUAGAACAACUGGGACACGUACUGCCUUCAUGAUCGAAUUCUAUGACGAGGAAAACCCUCGCAAGCGGCGGUCAUAUUCAUUUUCCCAGACUGCACCCCUGCUGGGGGCAGGAGUUGGCGGAGAGGGACUCUGUCCUCAGCCUCCUUCUCACCCCAAGGUGUUUAGCAUUUCCACCUCUGCCACAACAGCCUCAGACUCAGGUAAGGUCCCAGCCCCAAUACCAGCUACAGUGGCUGUAGGUGCCCCCACAGCUGCCCGUGUGCUUCUUAAACAGAGGUCUGAGGACCCAAGUAUCGGUCGGUGCUCAGCCAGUACCGGACUGGCGACAGGUAGCCCCACAAGCCCCAGUGAGGACACAUCGGUUGUGGGUAGAGGUGCAAGUACCGCUGGUGGGGAGGCAGAGGACGACCACAGUGAUAAGGGUACCUACACCAUUGAACUGGAAAACAAGAACCCAGAGGAAGAGGAGGCCAGGCGGAUGAUAGACAAGGUGUUCGGUGUGCAGCAGAACACAGACUCAUCAGUUCUGUCAGACCUGAAAGGAGAAGCAAAAGGAAAGGAGGCAGGAGAGACCAGGAAAGAGGCUCUUCCCUGUGACUCAAGCUGGGUCUCACAGUGGGCCAGCAUAGCUGCCAAUCACACAAGAACAGACCCAGAGGGUUCAGGAGCAGAAACCGCAACCUUCCUGCACAAAGAGAGAGGCGCUGGUACCUUUGAGUCUGGUGCAUCCCUCAGCAGAGGUGACUCCUCCUCCAGCCUGACUGACCGUAAACGCAGGACCCUCCCCCAGCUCCCUGUGGAUGACCCCCGGGCUAAAUCCACUACCCGGGCUCUGAGAUCUGAGAUUGGGGAAAAGCAGGAUACUGAACCCCAGGAGAAAGAGAAUAAGGGAGACGGAGAGUCCCCAACUCCUAUGGAGGACGGUGAGAUGACUAGUAAAAGGAAACAAAGCUCCACUUCCUCUCCAUCUAAGGCUUCUCUCCGGACCACUGGAACUUCUGAGAGGAGAAAGAAAUCAGAGGAGAGGAAAGGAGGAGGAGGUGGAGCAGGAGAAGGAGAAGGAGGUGAGAAUUCUGGGAAGCCUCUAGUCCGCCAGGGCAGCUUCACAAUUGAGAAGCCCAGUGCCAAUGUCCCUGCAGAGCUCAUCCCACGUAUUAACAGAGGCUGUAAUGGGCGCGAACGCAGUGACUCUGUUGGCAGCAUGGAUACUGCUACUCUACUAAAGGACACUGAAGCUGUCAUGGCUUUCCUAGAGGCCAAACUAAGAGAUGAAAACAAACUAGAUCAGAAAAGUAGUAAAACUGGCAUUACUGCUCAGGGUUCAAGUUCAGGUCUCCUCCCUCGGACUGACUCCAUCUCUCCUGAGUCAGAUGUCGACACAGCCAGCACAGCUAGUCAUGUGGCCGAAGAUAAGAAAGCAGCAGCCGGUUGUGUACAAAAACGACGUUCCCUUAGCAGCAUGCAUCGGGAAAAGAGCAAUAUGAGCACAGCCUCCAAGACCAGCAUUACAAGUGCCAGUGCUCGUGAACGGUUGGAGAGGAAGACUAAAAGUAGGACAGUCGAAGCAACGACCCGGACUGAUGCACGUCGCUCUGUUCAGCCAUCGUCUGCCUCCUCCAGAGCACGGCAGCCCUCUGCAGAUCUCACUGAUGAUGACCAGACUUCAUCCUUCCCCAUCUCUGACAUCCUCUCCUCAGACCAGGAGACCUACUCUGGACCUUUGGGGCACUCAGCACAUGGACGCGGCUCAGAUGAUGUCUUGCAGUCCAAACUUGAUAAGUCUGCUAAAACUUCCACCAGCGGUUCUUCCAAAACCAGCCGGACGCUCCAUGCAGCCACAGCCUCUUCUUUGAGCAAGCAGGCCUCACUGCCUCAGCCACGGCCCACAAGAGCCUCCCUUCUCCGACGUGCUCGACUGGGAGAUACAUCUGACACGGAUCUAGCUGAUGCAGACAGGGUUUCCGUGGCUUCUGAGGUCUCCACCACCAGCUCCACCUCUAAACCGCCAUCCGGCCGGAAGGGGUUGUCACGGCUCGAUUUGCUGGCUCAGCCACGAAGAAACCGUCUGGGCUCCAUUUCAGCCCGCAGUGACUCUGAGUGUACAGUGACCCGAAGCUCCAUCUCUUCACCCCGGCUGUCAGCUGAGACUGCUCUGCGUCUGGGCUUGCGCUCAUCAACACCCACGGAGAACAAGCUGACGCCCAGGAUGAGAGCCAACAGCGUGUCCAAACUGAAUGAGGCCAAAACUAAGACCACUACAGCUGGAUACUGCUCACCCACAGAGAGCACUCAACCCGAACCUGCGGGUGGUGACACUGAGGAAGAGCUGAUGGUGUCCAGUAGCAGCAGGUGGAGACGUCUACCACCAGAGUACGGUUCCACCUCAGAGGAAGAGUUUGGCUCCAAUCGGAAUUCUCCGAAACGGCCUCACAUGAGGCCUCAUCACAUUGUCCCACACCGCAAUUCCAGACUUGGCACCACCAUGACCACAGGUGGGGUGACAGGACCUGGUGGAGUGGGUAUCAAACACCGCAUGAAAGAGCAAGAGGAGUACAUCAGGGACUGGACAGCACACAGCGAGGAGAUAGCCAGGUUAUUCCCCUGUGUGCGCAGGAUCAGCCAGGACCUGGCUAAGGACUUGGCCAUCUUGGCUCGUGAAAUCCACGAUGUUGCCGGCGAGAUUGACUCAGUCAGCUCAUCCGGCACAGCACCCAGCACCACAGUCAGCACCGCUGCCACCACUCCAGGAUCGGCCAUUGACACUCGGGAAGAGGUAGGCCCUGCACGUCCCACGCAGCCGGAUAUACAGGACAGCAUGAAAAAGUUGGUGGAUCGGGUGUUUGAUGAGAGCCUCAACUUCAGGAAGAUCCCACCUGUGAUUUCAACCACUAAGCCACCAGAGAUAAACGGUAAACCAGUGGAGCUCCGGCCCCGCGCUCCUGACAGCUUGGAGCCUCGAGCUUUAAGGAGACGCACCUGGAACAGAGAGGAGGCGGUGUUAGACAGCCUGCUGCUCCAUUCAGUUUCCCAGCUGUCAACCAAGAUCAGACACUCGGUUGACAAAACAGCAGGAAAAAUUAGGAUUUUGUUUAAGGAUAAGGACAGGAACUGGGAUGAAAUUGAGAGUAAACUAAGAUCAGAUAGUGACGUACCACUCCUUAAAACCUCCAACAAGGAAAUUUCUGCCAUUCUGCUUGAACUGAAGAGAGUUGAGAAGCAGCUUCAAGUAAUCAAUGUGAUGGUAGACCCAGAUGGGACUCUGGAUGCCUUGGCCAGCCUUGGCCUGACCAGCCCUACAACCCCUACUAAGCCCCAAACUGCAAAAGCAACUCCCUCCUCUGCCACCAGCCCUGGGUCGGUGCCCCCAGCCAAAGAAUUGCUGCCGGAGAUCCUUCCAGGGUCUGGAAGUUCAGCAGCAGCUUCCACCAGGGUUCAGACUACUUCUGCCAGCACAGAGGAGAACGCGCGCGACACCAGCAUGGGACUGGGCAAAACAGCAGUCGGAGGUCUUCCCUUCAGCCGCAUGCGGCCGAGCGGAGAGGAGGCCAUUGCGCAGAAGUGAAAUUUGGCUUAUGUGAAUGAAGAAAUACAUUGGAGUGCAGGUGGCUGGUGAUUGGUGGCAAGUGUAGAAACAUUUAAACUGUUUUAUUUGGGGUUUUUUUGUUUAUUUUUGACAGAACAAUGGCCAUUCUGCUGACUGUACCACUCUAAGAUUAUAGCAUAAUAUAAACCAGAAAUUAAGUGCUUCAUCUGGCCUUUAGAUGCCCUUCUUUAACCCUCAGCUGAUGCAUCAUGAGAUACCCAUGAACAGUAUUUGACCCAUGAAUGAUUUAAAAAGACUGACAUUUCAACUUUAAACUGUUUAUGCUGACUGGCUGACCUGACAGGGGCCCGGUUGGCUGCUCUCUCAGUGGACAGAUUUCUGUGGUUGUACCGUCUCCUCCAGUCUUCUUGCCUUCUCCAUGUGUCUGGACCCUUUCUACACUAAGGACAUGCCUUAAAACACACCUUCCAUAGUAGCAGCGUGACCCCCCUUGUCCCUUCUACUUUAAAGACUUUUAACACUUUCAGACAGACUGCAUUGUAAUGCAACACUUACAAAAUAUGUGCUACUUACACUAUAAUGAAAUACAACACACUGCAAUAAUUUAUUAGCUCCAUUUCAGUGCAAAGAAUAUUUCAGCAGCCUUAAAUAACCACCCUGACAAAAUACAGUCAUAAAUAGACACACUUUAUGCCGGGAACUGCCAAAUUUGCAGAUGUUUUAUAUAUUUCCGAAUUGUAACCGUCCAUUGAGCUGUCUUUCAAACUGAUUUGCAGUGCCUCCCCAUUUCUCAGUUCACCUAUUUCUUGUUGGCCUGUUAUGUUCCACUCUGUCUUCCCUUCCCCCUUUUCUCUCCUUGUAGCUGGAAACACGUCGUUUGUCAGCGUAGUAGCAUGUACCGGAGAGGGCCGAGAGCUUUCUCCCCUGCAUGCUCGCGCCUGUGUUGAUCUUACUAAUACUGAAUGGUGGUUUUACUCAGUAGUAACAGCCUAUGGGAAACCAAUGAUAAUCACUUACCAAAGCGAGCGUGUUUUUAAAUGGUAGGAAUUUGUUACGCAAAAGAUGAUUCUGCAGUUCAUCCAUCUCUCUGAAUGUCAAAACCCAUUCUCUGUUAGCAAAUUAAGGAUUCAAGUAGAUUAUUUAUUAUAAUCAAACAUUCUUUUAAUCAUUGCAAACAGAUCUUUCUGGCCUCUGGGAGAAUCUGUACCCUUAGCUUUUUCUACUCAAACAUUUUUAUGAUUUCCAAUCGGCUCUUCUCUGCUUUUAAGUCACAGAUUGACUUCUUUGUCAAGUAGCAACAAAGAAAGUCGCUGUUUAAACCACUGUUUUAUAUUUAGAUACUUUUUAAUGAUUUGACUUGUUCGUUUUCUUUGUACACAUAAAACCUGAACAUGGAAAAAAAAAAAAAGCUGCUGGGUUAGUUUUAAUUAAUGUGCUGUCGAAAGAAUAUGGACACCUCACAAAUAUCGAGUCAGUGAAUUGAACACAUUAGAAAAUAAGCUCCCCCUCUAUGAAUAUUUAAUGAAUUUUGCUUGUGUAUAUACAGAAGGUGCAUUGUUCUGUUUCUGCUAAGGGAGCUUGGUGUAGCGCAUUGAUACUGUGGAAUAUCUGACAGUAUAAUUAACCUCUUUCUCAUUGACUUGGCUGCUUUUGUAGUUACUUUAUGGGGACUAACCAUUUUCUGAAUCUCUCUCCAGCUUAUAGUAUGUGUACUAGAGUAAAACGACUUAAAGGCAAGUUUAUUAGUGCUUAGAUACUCAUGGAUUAGUGAAUUUAGGUACCACAGUACAUGCCUAUUUCCUUCUCUCUUUACCGUACUGUACAAUGUUUUUCAAUGCCUCAAAGUGCCCAUUUUGAAGAUGGAAGGGCAUUGAUUAAAAGAAGAUAAAAGAUG